ACGCCUUCCUCUUUCCUGACGAGCGCUGGCUCCCCGCCGCCGUCACGCGUCCCCGCCCUCCGCCGGCACGGGAUCCUGAGCCAGCCCCAUGCGCCGAGCCGAGCCGAGUCAAGUCGAGUUUCGCCGAUGGCCGCAGCACCGCACCAAGGCAGUAUGACCGCGCGCGGCCCAGCCCUCGGCCUCCUCCUGCUGCUGCUGUGUCCCGCGCAGGUGUUGGCACAGUCUUGCAUCUGGUAUGGAGAGUGUGGAAUUGCAUCUGGAGAUAAGAGGUACAACUGCAAAUAUUCAGGGCCACCAAAACCCUUGCCGAAGGAUGGGUAUGACUUAGUGCAGGAGCUCUGUCCAGGACUCUUCUUUGACAAUGUCAGUCUUUGUUGCGAUGUGCAGCAGCUUCGGACACUGAAAGACAACCUGCAGCUGCCUCUACAGUUUCUGUCCAGAUGUCCAUCCUGUUUCUAUAACCUAGUGAACCUGUUUUGCGAGCUGACGUGUAGCCCUCGGCAAAGUCAGUUUCUGAAUGUUACAGCAACUGAAGAUUAUGUUGAUCCUGUUACAAACCAGACUAAAACAAAUGUAAAAGAAUUACAGUACUACAUUGGAGAGAGUUUUGCCAAUGCCAUGUACAAUGCCUGCCGGGACGUGGAGGCCCCCUCCAGUAAUGACAAAGCCCUGGGACUGCUGUGUGGGAAGGACGCCGAAGCCUGCAAUGCCACUAACUGGAUUGAGUACAUGUUCAAUAAGGACAACGGCCAGGCACCUUUCACCAUCACACCCAUUUUUUCAGAUCUUCCAACCCAUGGGAUGGAGCCCAUGAACAAUGCCACCAAGGGCUGUGACGAGUCUGUGGACGAGGUCACCGGGCCGUGCAGCUGCCAGGACUGCUCAAUUGUUUGUGGCCCAAAGCCCCAGCCCCCACCGCCUCCUGUGCCCUGGAGAAUCUUGGGCCUGGACGCCAUGUAUGUCAUCAUGUGGAUCACCUACAUGGCAUUUUUGCUUGUGUUUUUUGGAGCAUUUUUUGCUUUGUGGUGCUACAGAAAACGCUAUUUUGUCUCUGAGUACACCCCCAUUGAUAGCAACAUAGCUUUCUCUGUAAAUGCCAAUGACAGAGGAAUGGCUUGGCUCUUAACCUCCACCCUCCCUUCCUCUCCCGCUCUUCCAGGGGAGGCGUCCUGCUGUGACGCGCUUGGUGCGGCAUUUGAGGGCUGUCUGAGGCGGCUCUUCUCACAGUGGGGCUCUUUCUGCGUCCGAAACCCGGGCCCCAUCAUCUUCUUCUCCCUGGCCUUCAUUGCCGCCUGUUCUUCAGGCCUGGUGUUUGUGCGGGUCACGACCAAUCCAGUUGACCUGUGGUCAGCUCCCAGCAGCCAGGCGCGCCUCGAGAAAGAGUACUUUGACACGCACUUUGGGCCUUUCUUCCGCACGGAGCAGCUCAUCAUCCAGGCCCCCCACACCAGUGCACACACUUACCAGCCGUACCCCUCAGGAUCCGAUGUGCCCUUCGGACCUCCGCUUGACCUCGCAAUCUUGCACCAGGUUCUUGACUUACAAACUGCCAUCGAAAAUAUCACUGCAUCUUAUAACAAUGAGACCGUGACACUUCAAGACAUCUGCGUGGCCCCCCUGUCACCCUAUAACAAGAACUGCACCAUUCUGAGCGUGUUAAAUUACUUCCAGAACAGCCAUUCCAUGCUGGACCAUGAAAUAGGAGAUGACUUCUUUGUGUAUGCAGAUUACCACACACACUUGCUAUACUGUGUACGGGCUCCUGCCUCUCUGAACGAUACCAGUUUGCUCCAUGAUCCUUGCCUGGGUACAUUCGGUGGGCCAGUGUUCCCGUGGCUUGUGUUAGGAGGCUAUGAUGAUCAAAAUUACAAUAAUGCCACAGCCCUUGUGAUUACCUUUCCUGUCAAUAAUUACUAUAAUGAUACAGAGAGGCUCCAGAAGGCCCAGGUCUGGGAAAAAGAGUUUAUUAAUUUUGUGAAAAACUACAAGAAUCCAAAUCUGACCAUUUCUUUCACUACUGAGCGAAGUAUUGAAGAUGAACUAAAUCGUGAAAGUAACGGUGAUAUUUUCACUGUUAUAAUCAGCUAUGCCAUCAUGUUUCUGUACAUUUCCAUAGCCUUGGGGCACAUCAAAAGCUGUAGCAGGCUUCUAGUGGACUCUAAAAUCUCCCUCGGCAUCGCGGGGAUCCUCAUUGUGUUGAGCUCAGUGGCGUGCUCUUUGGGCAUCUUUAGCUACAUUGGGAUCCCUCUCACCCUCAUUGUGAUCGAAGUCAUCCCAUUCCUGGUGCUGGCUGUUGGGGUGGACAACAUCUUCAUUCUGGUCCAGACCUACCAGCGAGAUGAACGUCUUCACGGAGAAACUCUGGAUCAGCAGCUGGGCAGGGUCCUAGGAGAAGUGGCUCCUAGUAUGUUCCUGUCAUCCUUUUCAGAGGCUGUAGCAUUUUUCUUAGGAGCGCUGUCAAAGAUGCCGGCUGUUCACACCUUCUCUCUGUUUGCCGGGAUGGCAGUCCUCAUCGACUUCCUUCUUCAGAUUACCUGUUUCGUGAGUCUCUUGGGGUUAGACAUUAAGCGUCAAGAGAAAAACCGUCUGGAUGUUCUUUGCUGUGUCAGAGGCUCUGAAGAUGGAACCAGUGUCCAGGCUUCAGAGAGCUGCUUGUUUCGGCUCUUCAAGCACUCCUAUUCUCCACUUCUGCUUAAGGAUUGGAUGAGACCGAUUGUGAUAGCGAUAUUUGUAGGUGUCCUGUCAUUCAGUGUUGCAGUCCUGAACAAAGUGGAAAUCGGAUUGGAUCAGUCUCUUUCAAUGCCAGAUGACUCCUACGUGAUGGAUUAUUUCAAGUCCCUCAAAUACCUGCAUGCAGGUCCACCUGUGUACUUUGUCCUGGAGGAAGGGCAUGACUACACCUCUCUGAAAGGGCAGAACAUGGUGUGCGGAGGCAUGGGCUGCAAUAACGACUCCCUGGUGCAGCAGAUAUUCAACGCGGCCCAGCUAGACAGCUAUACCCGAAUAGGCUUUGCUCCCUCUUCCUGGAUCGACGAUUACUUUGAUUGGGUCAAGCCUCAGUCUUCUUGCUGUAGAGUCUACAACAGCACCGACCGGUUUUGCAAUGCUUCAGUGGUUGACCCUGCCUGCAUCCGCUGCAGGCCCCUCACCCAGGAGGGCAAACAGAGGCCUCAAGGUGGAGACUUCAUGAGAUUCCUGCCCAUGUUCCUUUCUGAUAACCCGAACCCCAAGUGCGGCAAAGGGGGACAUGCUGCUUACAGUUCGGCAGUUAACAUCCUCGGCAAUGACACGGGUGUCGGAGCCACUUACUUCAUGACCUACCACACCGUGCUUCAGACGUCUGCUGACUUUACUGACGCCAUGAGAAAAGCCAACCUCAUCGCCAGUAACAUCACCAAAACCAUGGGCCUUGAAGGAAAUAAUUACCGUGUGUUCCCAUACAGUGUAUUCUAUGUCUUCUACGAACAGUACCUGACCAUUAUUGAUGACACGAUCUUUAACCUCAGCGUGUCCCUGGGAGCCAUCUUCUUGGUGACCGUGAUUCUCCUGGGCUGUGAUCUGUGGUCUGCAGUGAUCAUGUGUAUCACCAUCGCUAUGAUCUUGGUCAACAUGUUUGGCGUCAUGUGGCUGUGGGGCAUCAGUCUGAAUGCAGUUUCCUUGGUCAACUUGGUUAUGAGCUGUGGCAUUUCCGUGGAGUUCUGCAGCCACAUAACGAGAGCAUUCACAGUGAGCAUGAAGGGCAGCCGUGCACAACGGGCAGAAGAGGCGCUCGCUCACAUGGGCAGUUCUGUGUUCAGUGGAAUCACACUAACAAAAUUUGGAGGGAUUGUGGUAUUGGCCUUUGCCAAAUCUCAGAUUUUCCAGAUAUUUUACUUCAGGAUGUAUUUGGCUAUGGUCUUACUGGGAGCCACCCACGGCUUGAUCUUCCUCCCGGUCUUACUCAGCUACAUAGGCCCAUCAAUAAAUAAAGCCAAAAGCUUGGCCACUCAAGAGCAAUACAAAGGUACAGAGCGAGAACAACUCCUAAAUUUCUAGCCCUCUUGCGAGGUCGGGGGACUCUGAACUGUGUCUGUGGGUCGCUCAGCCUACCGCUCACCGGACAGUGGCUGCACCGUCGAGGCCGAGUUGGACACUGGACGGUACCAGACAUCAGGCUACUUAACAGCAGCAGCUUCGGCCAUAGUGCUUUUAAACUCAGGAAUGCAAAUGUGACGCGUGAAUCGGAAGCAUUACGGAAUCGGAAGGCAGCCCUGGGACGCUGUGGGGCCUUCCAGUUCUCCGCGAACCAGACCUAACUCUUUGGCAGGCGGAAGGUGACACUAGCAUGGCUGAGUGGGAUCUGCUCCCUGACACUUUUUAAAGGCCAAUCAAUGCAAUGUUUUUCCUUUUGUUUGGGAGUAAGCCAUCACACAGAUUCUAUACCGUAUUUUUAGUAACAUUUGAGGAUGGUGUAGAUACACUUUACUAUAACAUUUUGUAGUUUAAAGAGCUUUAUUAAUGCAAUAAAUUAACUUUGUACACAUUUUUAUAUAUAUAUAAAAAAACUAGCAAGUGAUUUCAGAAUGUCGUAGGCCUCAUGAGAGCUUGGUCUCCAAAAACCUGCUUGAAAAAAGCAACAUGUUCUUCGCAGUGUUCUCCUAUAAAAGAAAUGCAGAUUUAAUCAGAUGUGGCACAAAAGGGAAAAAAGAAUGAAGACUUCACAGCUCAUAGAUACAUAUGCUGGGUUUUAACUUAUUUUUCUUUCAUAAAAUACUUUGUUUUCCUAAGCUUUUGAGUUGUCCUUUCGUGCAUGGCUGCUGGGCACCUUCACAACCCCAGCAAAUCCCCACCUGCUUGGGGAGAAGUAGAGGCCAACCUGUCACAGGUAACACCAUCUUGCACCAUUCGCUAAGCUACAAAAAGUCGUCAGGCCUGAAACAAAAGGGACAUGUUCCUUCCCAUUCUAAAGGAGGGGAUGCCUCCGGUUUCGUAAGUCUGCAGAGAAGAGUGAGUAAUAAGCCUGAGGCCGUUUAAACCCUUCGUCGCCCUUUCCUGUUUCGUUCCUGAUUCUUCAGAAAGGAGCAUUCCCAGACCCACGCUCAGGCCUGAACUGUGCCCAGAACGCGUCCACUGCAGGUUCCAAAGCCUAAUUCAGAUUCCACUGGCAUUCUGACUUUCCUCUUACCACCGUCAUGGGAUUUUGUUUGUAAAAAAGCUCACGCAGUUCUCCUUAGGGGAACUUUCCCAAAAGGCUUCUCACCUCCUAGCCUACCAGCAUUCUCUUGCUACCCUGAGUCUGUGUUCGCCCCAGGCCUUUUUACCACUGCCGUGUCCUACCUGGUGUGAAGUUAGGGUUCCCUCGCAAACGCUGGUUUCGCUGUUCAAAAAACCGAAAUAUAGUAUAGAAAAGCAUGUUGUCUUCAGUCUGCUUCGCGGCAUCUAAAAAUUUUCGUGCGGAAAUGUUGUCAUGGCCGCCGAUGCCCCGGAUGAAUCUUAAGGCAGCUAACACUUGGUGUUUGGAAAGAAGCACUUCUACUAUUUCAUCGUUUGCUGUCGAGAGGCGCUGGAAGGGGAGACAAGUCCAGGUAAGCAGCGGCAACAGGAAGAGACGUGAAUGCAGUUUAAAACGGGGACGUAGCAAGAGUUACCUUCAACAUAUCCAGAGACAGCUGAUGAGCGGGCGGGUAAAAACUUUCUAGGGACAAGAGCAGACAAGCCUGAAAGACAUGUUUUCACACCAGCUUCAGCAUAAGAUGUCAGACGGUUAAAUCUGAAGCUUUUAAUCCCAGAAGUCAAAGCCUGGGGCCACAUACCAGAGGCUUGGAGUCACUGAGGACGUGGUACUGUAGGAACUGGUGCAGCAUGUAAAAGAGGUUGUGCUGGACGAGCGUCUUGAUGACAAGUUCGUGUAAGAAGUGCUGAGGACAAAAACAGGAGAAGACUUUCCCAGUCACCCAACUACAACAUGCAUGAGGCCAGGUAUGUCUAGGAUGGAGCUAUUCUAAGUGACGGGUUAAGGUUUCUGUCACCUGUGCGUUGACAGGAUGCUCGAUUAAACACUAAUCAUCCCGCCUGAGCCCGACACGGUGAUGUCGGGAGAGUCACUCAGAUUUCGGAGUCUGGUACGCAGACCCCGCUCCUCUAAGUUGGGACCACAAAUGGUUGGAAAGUACCUGUACUGUGAUCUGAAACUGGUUAAGAGAGCGAAUAUACUCCAUCAGUACGGCUAUCACAAAUUUAUGAGGCAUCUCCUACAGAAGAAAAGAAGAGUAGUCUCAAAACCAGACGCUCGCAAGGAGGCCGCCUGCAGCUCCUUGUCUACCCGCCCGCUCUGUUUCCGUGCGCCUCUGGCCCAGUGCUGUUCAUGGGUUCUGCACAGAUCCCUCCAGAACCUCCCCCCGUCGACGGUCACGUUUUGGCCUAGUAUAAUAGUGCCAAACUAUUAGCACUGGGUCUUCACCCAAGAGAACUCUGGUUCUUUAAAUCACAUUAGGAGUUCUACUGCUUUCCCCAGUUCCCUGCAGAUAAGAUCUCUGGCUGGAGGCUCCGUCACCCACCUUCUUCUCCGUGAAGACCGACAGCACGUGGGUGUACAUGUCAGACUGAUCGACCACAGCCUGGGUCCGCACCGGCCUUUUGAGAAGCGGGCUGCACCGGCUCGGCCCCGCUUCUACUGCCUAGACAACACAUUGCAAACGGGACUCUCGUCAGCUUCUAGGGACUCCCAGAAAACUGAAUACCUAAGAUACGAGCGGAGGAUGGCACUUAUUACGUGGACAAAACCAUUUUUCCUGUGCGGGCUGGGGCUGGGUUUAGAAGUCAGAGUUGGUCAUCUUGAAAAUAUGCCAACGUUCACACGUGGAGCUAAAAAAGCAGAAGUCCGCUUCUGCUUGAGACACAUUUUUCUCCCCUCUUAAAAUCCCUCAUUUUCUUAAUCACGGACUUUCUCGUAUUUGUUAUCUAAUAAAAAUGGAAUGGUGUACUGGUCACACAGUAAGGGAA